AAUAGCGGGACUGGAGCUGAAAUUGGAAUAUCGUGCCGAUGUUCCAUUAGUGGUGUUCUGGAUUUAAGUGAAUCUACCAUUUUUCUAAGUAUCCGUUUUAACGAUAUUCGAUACGAUGUUAGCUAAGUUUGCAUUGCUACUAGCAGUUAUCCUCAGUGACCCGCAAUCUUCAAUUGGUGGAUUGCUUGGCGGCAGCGGUGGUGGUGGCGGCGGCGGCUCUCUUUUCUUUGUUCCUAGCAGCAACUUUAAUCCAGUUGGCAGCAAUCCAGGGUCCAAACCUUUCCUUGUCAGCCCGACAACAAACUUCGAUGGCUCUCCCAUAGUUGGUGGGGGCUUGGGUAGCCAAGGGGGUUCAAACGUCGUUGUUGGUGGGGGCGGCUUUGUUAGCCAGGGUGGUUCAAAUGUAGCUGGUGGGAGCUUUGGUGGGAACCAGGCUGGUAGUGGUUCUAGGCCUGUUGUGAACCAGGUAGACAACUUUGGCUUGAAUGUGAAUCCCAAUUCCGGAUUUCAAAGUUCUGGUGGUUCUUUUCUGGGUGGCCAAAACUUCGUAUCUGGAGGCUAUUCAUCUGGGGACAGUAAUGUUGUCUUGACUGGUUCCAACACAAGGAUCACGGGGUCUGGCAGCUCUGGGUCUAACCUUGGAGGUGGUAAUGUCUUUGGUGGCAGCUCGGGAGGGUCUAACCUUGGAGGUGGUAAUGUCUUUGGUGGCAGCUCGGGAGGGUCGAACCUUUUAGGUGGUAAUGUCUUUGGUGGCAGCUCCGGAGGGUCUAACCUUGGAGGUGGUAAUGUCUUUGGUGGCAGCUCUGGAGGGUCUAACCUUGGUAGUGGCAAUGUUUUUGGAAGUACAGGAGGACUUUUUAUUGGAUCUGGUAUUUCAGGUGGUUCUGGGACUUUCAAUGUUGGCGUUGAUGGUACUGGAUUUGGUACUUCAUCUGGUCCUCAAGUCCUGGUCAAUCAGGGACCUGUAAGACAAUCCUUUGGUACAUUUGGUAGCCAGGGCGUUCAGGUUAAUCAGAACUUUGCUCAGCUGUUGGAGCAAAUAACUCUGACUGUUACACUGACAAACACCAUUGACAGAUUUGUAACUGUAACAGAAACUGUCUUGAACAGUGUCCCUAUUACAAUAACAGGGUUCAACGUGAAUACAGUGACUGUUACUACUCAGGGGGUUCAACAAACCAGUGCUAAUGAUGUUGUAGUACUGACCUCAACUGUUGAACAGAGGCCUAUCACUAGCUUUGUGACUACAGCAAAGUCUAACCACUUAUAUGUAACUGACAUAUCUGUGGAAAUAUUUACAAUCACGCAUAGUGCUCACCAGAUUGAUCAAACUACAUUUACUACAGUUGUUACGCAAACAUUGACCCUGUCUUCUCCAAUCGUUCGAACAUCCAUUAUAACAUCUCUCCAGACUAACACAGUUUAUCAAACGAUAGUGAACACUGCUUUUGUCCGUGGUGGAUAUGGUUACUAAAUAGUACUGUGUUAAUUCUUCGUGCUGGAUUUUCUUAAAUAUUUAUAAAUUUUUUAAAAUAUAUUUUUUAACUGAUUUAAACUUCUUGCAUCAUUAGUAUUCCCAAGUCUUGUGGCUUGUGCUGUUUGAUGAAUUGCAAUUUAACUGCAAUAUUUUUAACUACAUACAAAUAUGGUCUGGUGUAAGUAAAAGCUAUGAUUCUAUAUUGUUAGUAAAUUAGUGAAAUGUUA